AUGGUGUACAAUUACCCCCAUUCCGAUGAUGAUGUAGUUAGAGAUAAGGUAUCACCUACAAAUUCCCACAACCCGCCUAGACCUGAAAUCCGGAUUCGUGGGGUAGCCAAUGAUAACGCGGUGUCCACCAUGGUGAGUGUCAAGGAAGAAUUAGAGCUUAUUAUCGUAAGGGAAUGUCGCUCGGAUCAUGAACUCAAAAUGCUUGAACGCGCCUGGUUACAAGAAAUUGUAAAACCUCUUCUCAGCUAUCCCCACCGUCAUAACGUCAAACCUACGACCAAACUCAACGAGAUGUCUAUUUAUACUCCCGCUUCUUAA